UAACAUUCGUUUUCCUUCAAAGUUACGAAAAUAAAUUUAUGUAUUAUUUCCCAUAUUUUACAUGAUAGUUAUUUAUAAAAAGCGCCAUUUAUAGUGUUAUAAUGGGACACACUUGGUCAGAAUAUUUUGCUUCGAAAACGACUCCGUUGAGAGAUCAGCCAUCACAAUUUGAACCUCAUUUUGGAUUUUCAACGGAAAGACGAGAGAAAAAAAUGAUUGCUUCAUUAGCCGAAAUGGAAUCAGCAAAGGUUCCAUUAGACGCCAGAGACUUUUGUGCACAUAUGUUACUAAAUCUAAGAGGUUGUAUCAGAGAAAACUUUCCGUUUAACAACAAUUGUCACCACGAACGAGAAGAAUAUUAUGAAUGCCAGUAUCAUGAUUACUUGGAUCGUAUGAAGGACUAUGAAAGAGAAAAGCGAUUAUUACACAGAAGACAUAAUUUGAGACAAUCAGGUGCACCAAAUGCAGAAGAAGGUACUAUUAGUGCUUAAAUGAUAUUUAGCAGUCUGCCAAAGGCUUCUCGCCAUCAUUAUCAUACACCCGGUCGGUGGGGCGAACUGUUGCCGUCAGCCAGAUCAGAAUUUGCUUGCGGUCUCGCGGUUGUUGUGAAAACAAAUGCAACAAAAUUAACUGAGAAACCCAAAUUUAUAAUUAUGCAAAUGAUACCUUCCAUAAAUUUGUGUUAUUUUAGUCAGAAUCUCACAAAAGCUAUUCCUAUCUCUAAUAGUCAAUAUAUGAUUUUUAGUCAAAUUUAGUAUCUAAAAGUAUUAUAAUAUGAAUAUGUUAUAAUAAUUAUGGUAUGAAAUAUGUGGUGAAGUUAUUAGUUCUAUAAAUAAUAAAUAAAUAUUGUGUAAGAAUAA